CCAAGCAGGAGCCGGCCCUGGAUGCCCCACACCUGGUGGGUGCAGGACACAAGCCUGUGUCUCCUGUCUCCCUGGUCAGCAAGGCCACCACCUUGCAGAAGACGGCCGAGUACAUCUGCAAGCUGCAGCAGGAGAGGGCAGCCCUGCAGGACGAGGUGCAGAGACUGCGGGAGCAGAUCGAGGAGCUCAACAGCUCCAUCAACCUGUGCCAGGAGCAGCUGCCAGCUACGGGGGUGCCCAUCACACGCCAGCGCUUCGACCAGAUGCGCAGCAUGUUUGACGAGUACGUCCGCUCCUCCACGCUGCAGAAUUGGAAGUUCUGGAUUUUCAGUAUCAUCAUCCGCCCUCUCUUCGAGUCUUUCAAUGGUAUGGUCUCCACAGCCAGCAUGGAGAGCCUCACCCAGACAUGUCUCACCUGGCUGGACCAGCACUGCUCCCUCCCAGCGCUUCGGCCAACGGUCCUGAGCUCCCUCCGGCAGCUGAGCAUCUCCACCUCCAUCUUGAGCGACCCGGCCUGCAUCCCUGAGCAGGCAACGCAGGCG